GAUGCUGGCAGCAACGCUCAAGCACUAACAAACUCUCUACCACCAAAACCCACUCUCACUUCACUUCACCAUCAUGACAGACUUCCUGGCGCGCGAGAGCGAGCUCCUUGGCGACGAGUUCUCCACUCCGACAGCGACUGGAGGCUCAUUCGCCACUGCGGGCGGAGACAUUGACUUCGACAGUGCCGCUGCUGCGUUUCCUGACAUCUCGCUGGAUGGGACUGGCGACAUUCCACCCCCUAUCGCGUCGAUUCCCAGUACGAAUAGCUCGAGUGGGUUCUCUUUUGAGGAUUUUGGAACGCCACCGAGUGAGAGGACGACGGAGGUGAAGGUUACUGGUAAUGAGGAGAUUGAGAAGUUUGAGAGUGAUUUCCCGGAGAUCGAGGUUCCUCAGACUCAGCAGACGUUCUCGCCACCUGCACCACUCUUCGGUGCUACCACCCAAACAUUCGCACCUCAGCCACAACCUUCUGCGCUGGUUUCGUCGACACCUAUUUUCAACCAGCCGAUAGAUGAAGAUGAGCCCGAAGCUAUCAAGCAAUGGCGCGAGAAACAGGCUGCUGAAAUCAAGGCAAGGGACGAAGCUUCGCAAGCCAGGCGGGAGGAGACUGUUGCUAAAGCUGAACGAGCAAUUGAUCAAUUCUACGAGGAGUACUCUGGCAAGAAGGAAAGGAACAUUCGGGAGAACAAUGUGCCAUCGUUAUAGAGAAUACUAGACGAGGGGGGGUAAUUGUAGCAGGAGGAACUUCGUACAGAAUACCAGAACAGCAGAAUGGGGUGAGAGAAGAUUUAUUUUUUCGUAGAUACGAUACACGGACAGUCCUACGAAAUAAACAAACGGGAAUUACUAGA